UUUUGUUGUCAAAUAAUCCAUGUAGGGAAAAUUUACUUAAUGCUCAUAGAAAUUGUAUUCAUGAAAUUUUGAGUACACUUAUCUGCCACGACAAUGAUUUGAGACGCAUAAACAUGGAGUUACGUAAUCUUCAGGACGAAUUCAAAGAGUGUGUGGAUAAAAUAAAUUUUGGGUUUUCGAUGGAAAGCAAAAAUAAAUGUAAAGGGUCUGAAAAAAUUAUACUUUUUACUCGGAAAAUUACCACAAUGCACGAUCUAAACGAAUGUUUUUCAAAAAAAUUCGAAGCUCUCAAUAAGAAAAGUGAAGAAAUUAUUAGCAACGCACGUCAAUGCAUUGCAGGUUUGAAUGCUGAAAAAUGCAAAUUUAGGCAGUUUCAUGAAAAUACUGUCGAUUACUUAAAACGAUAUGCCAUAAAAUCUGAUGAUCCAACUGUAAUAAAUAAUUGUGAAAAAGAUAUUUGCGAAAUGCAUAAAUUCUUUGUCAAAGAAGUUUCCUUGAUAAAGAAAUGUGAAACUGAGCUGGAAUCAUUUUUCCAAAUAUGUAAUUUACAAGAUGCAAGCAAUUGUUGCUGUUUCAAAGAUUUUGAUUGGCUACCACAAGGCAAAACCUUCCACAUAGUUGAUGGUCCCGUUGAAGAAAUAAAAUGCCUAAUGGGUACAACAUUGAGUAAAGCUAUUGCUCAGUUUUAUAUACAUCAGUCAGCAGACAUUAAAUCCUUUUUAGCGGCAUAUUUUAUGAACAUUGAGCACAAUGAAGAAGUACUUAAAGAAAAAUUGGACAUUUUUGGCAACUUAACUUAAAAUUUAUUAAAAUUUUGCAUACAUAAUUAUAUUAAUAAAA